UGUAUAGAUGGCGAUAACAGUGACAAUUAGACAAAUAUUUUUAUAACCCUACAUUCGUUUGAAAAACUGUUAAGUUUGAAAAGAGUUAAAAGUGUGAUAUAUAUUUUUAUAAAACAUGUCCACAGAACAGAAAACUAGGCAGACUGUUUAUAACACCACAAAGGAAAUGGUCCAUAAAAUUGCACUACAGUAUGAGAUGGAAUUUGACAAUAAUUCCAUAGAUCUUAUAUCUGAAUUAGUUUAUAAGAAAAUACAAAUGUUUGGAUCCGAUCUGGAUGCGUUUCAAAAGCAUGCAAAGAGAUCUACCAUUACUGCUGAUGAUGUAAAAUUGUUGGUGAGGAACAACAAAUCACUGUUUUGGGAAUAAGAUCCCCUUUCUCACUACUACAAGGCUGAAAACAACGAAGACCAUACCAUCUAGACUGCAACGACUAACAUCUACAGCUGCAGGGGCCUGAGGCCACAACAUCUGCCCAGGUCUACAAGUCUACAGCAGUACCAUUCGACAUCAAGAAGUUACCAUCGAAUCAAUAAGUCAUAAGUAUAAUCAACAAAUUGUUAGCUUUUGGCAAGA